AUGAAGAGUACAUUGCUUCUUUUGGCGACUGCGCUUCCUGCGCUAGGCCGCCUCACUCUUCACCAGCGGGAUGUUCCAUCAGUGGUGACUUUGGAUAUCCAGCGUAAAGAUGUGGCUGAUCCAGUGGCCAGAGACCGCAUGAGGAGGAAACGCAACAAGACCAUCAGCCAAGCAUUGGACAACGAGGAAAGUCUCUAUUACUGCAAUGUCACAUUGGGAACACCCAAGCAAAACCUGCGCCUAGUCCUGGACACGGGUAGCAGUGACCUGUGGACCAAUGCGCCAAACUCCACUCUAUGCGAAUCCCAAGAUGACGUCUGCAGCUCGUCCGGAACCUACGAUUCCAGCGCCUCCUCGACGUACCAAUACGUCAACUCCGACUUCAAUAUUUCUUACGCUGAUAGUUCCGGUGCUAGCGGCGACUACGUGACCGACACGCUUCAUUUUGGGGGCGCUACGAUCGAGGAUUUUCAAUUCGGCGUGGGCUAUACCUCAAGCUCAGAACAGGGGGUUCUGGGAAUCGGAUACACCACCAAUGAAGUUCAGGUUGGCGUUAAUGGAGAGCCUGCGUACGCCAACCUGCCCAAGGCAAUGGUCAAGAAUGGCUUGAUUCAAUCCACAGCCUACAGCCUGUGGCUCAACGAUCUAGAUGCCAACACCGGUUCGAUUCUUUUCGGUGGAGUCAACAGCGAUAAAUAUCAUGGCACCCUAGAGACUCUCCCGAUUCAAAAAGUAAGCGGCAUUUUCGCGGAAUUCAUCAUUGCCCUGACUGCAGUUGCUCUCACCAACUCAUCCGGCACCAACAAUUACUCGUCCAGAGCACUUCCUGCAGCUGCCUUGCUCGACUCUGGAAGUUCCUUGACUUACCUCCCUGAUGGGAUCGUCGAAGAUCUGUUUAAUGACCUGGGUGUCAUCUAUGAAUCGUCCGAGGGAGUGGGAUACGUCCCUUGCAGCCUGGCAGAGAAGAAGGUCAACAUUUCCUACACCUUCUCGUCUCCGACCAUCCACGUGUCUGUCAGCGAGUUGGUCCUGGAUGCAGGCGACUUGUAUUUCCGCAAUGGAGAUCGCGCCUGUGUUUUCGGCAUCGUGCCCGCGGGUGGAAGCACCCCGGUUCUGGGAGACACUUUUCUGCGCAGUGCAUACGUUGUUUACGACCUCGCCAACAAUGAAAUCUCGCUGGCCAAUACCAAUUUCAACUCGACGAGUAACAAAAUCCUGGAAAUCGGAACUGGCGACGAUGCCGUGCCGGGCGCCACGGCCGUUACUAACCCAGUCACCACCGUGGCCGUGGGUGGAUCUGGAGCGCGCAUAGGCGAACCGUCUGGCGGUACCGGAAUUUUCACUUCUGCUGCAGCCUCCAAAAAUGCGGCGACACGGAUGACCUGCAUGCCCCGAUAUCUGGCCCUGGUAAUGGUCGGGGCCGGAUGCCUCCUGGCGCUGUAG